UUAUAAGUUUGGUUGUACAGGUUUGGGGAUGGAAUUAGAUAUAAAAUCUGAGGGCGGCAUGAUGACUAAGCAAGAUGUUCCACUAGCUAGCAAGGAGAUUGAUCCGGUAAAAGGAUGUUUUCCGUGUUGCAUUGUGUGGACACCUCUACCAGUUAUUUCAUGGUUCCUUCCUUUGGGGAAACAUAAUAUCUUGAUUCGAUCUUGUUUGUCGUUUAUGUUCUUUUUCUUGAUUGGAAUCAUCUUUGGAGGGGUAACCUUUCUAACAUUCUUGACAUUUUUUGCAUUUCUUCUGGUUGGAUGGUUUCUUUGUGGUACCAACUGUUUCAAAAACUUUAUCCAAAUCUAGUAUCAAUUUCAUUUUGUAGUUGUAUAUAUACGAAAUGUAUAUAUGUUGAUUUGAUUUCUGGUACAAUAAAUG